AAGCUGUUUUAGUUCAAGCUCCGUGCAGCCAGAACGCUCCGGCUUUGACCAUGUCAGAGCUGCCAUCGUUCAAGUGGCUCAUCUUUGGCUGCGGAGGGGUGGGUGGCUAUUUUGGAGCACGGAUCGCGCAGGUGAAAGGACAGCGUGUCAGCUACAUUGUGAGAAACAAAGCCUUGGCUGCUCUCAAGGAGCACGGAGUUCGAAUCACCAGCAUUUGCGGUGACGUGCAGGUGCCGCCCUCGGAGUUGGGGCCCAUCUUGGAUUCCCAGGCGUUGGACAAAGAAGAGAAGUUCGUGGCAGAUGUCAUCAUGUUAGGCUGUAAGGCGUGGGAGGCCAAGGACUGCUUGCAGAUGUGCGAGCCCUGGUGUGGCCCUGAAACCCUGGUCUUGCCUUUGCAAAAUGGCGUCGAGGGCCUGAGCACCAUCCGAGACAUCGUCACCUCCUGGGGCAAAGGCCAUGCUCUCGCAGGAUGCUGCAACAUUGUGUCUGCCAUUGCGGAGCCGGGGCACAUCAAGCAUUGGGCCGCUAACCCUCCUUACAUCACUUUCGGAGAGUUCCUAGGGGCAGCCACCCCGAAAACUCUGCAGGUGAAGGCAAUCUUGGAUGCGGCCCCUGGCAUGGACGGCAACUUGGAAGAGGAUGCGCUGGCCAAGAUUUGGGAGAAAUUCACCUUCAUUUGCUCCACCACUUCCGUGCAAGCGAUCACAGGACCUCAUGCCACCCAAGACAUGAUUCCCGCCAUUCCGGAGCUGCUUGACACAUGGCGCGCAGCCAUGCAUGAAAUUGUUGCUCUGUGUCAUAGUUAUGGCAUCAAAUAUGACUUGAAGCAGGUGGACCAACGUGUGGAGGCCCUGCGAGUGGCCAAAGGCGCCAGCACCAGUUGCAGCCGGGACCUUUGGAGCGGAAAGCCCUCCGAGGUCGACGACUUGUUGGGCUCGGUGGUGCGGAUGAGCAAGGAGCCGAGCUAGGAGCAAAAGGUGCCUGUGCCCACGAUCUCUGCGUGCUACAGCGCGUUGAUUGUGAGGGACCGUAUCGCACGGGGACAAGAGUUGCCGAUCCAAGUGCCGGAGGGGCAGAAGAUUUUGGGGCCCAACUGGGGUCCUGCCUGAGGUCUAUUUUCCAGCAAUUCUUUAGUCCAGACUCUUGGCUUUGAGAGGCAAAGCUGUGAGUUUCAACAUCGCAGUUGAUUUGCCCCAAAGAAGACAGUAUGAUCACAACACUGGACCGAGCUGCUUUCAAACUGCUCGAGCCUGCUCUCUUGAUCUCGCCGGUUCUCCACGUUGAAAA